AUGAGUGUCUUGUAUGAUGUGAUGUGGGCCAAUGGCCGUAAACACUUAAACUUACCUACUCAACUUGUCUUUUCCUUUCAGGAGAACAGACCAGUAUGCCAGCCUCGUUUGGAUCUGCCUAACUGUGCAGAGCCAUGUAUCAGCAGCCCGUGUCUGAAUAACGGAGAGUGUAUAAGCUCCAGUGCGGACUUGGAUGUGUCGGCGUUUCACUGUCAGUGUCCUCCUCCGUAUGACGGAUCCACCUGUGAGAUUCGGCAAAAUCCUUGUGCCUGGCCGGUUGAUCCUGGAUCAUGUGACCAAGAAAUUGUUCGUUACUACUACGACAAAAUGUCCCAUAACUGUUUGCCGUUUAUGUUUUCUGGCUGUGGUGGCAAUGUCAACAACUACCACACACUGGAGGAGUGCACGACCAUCGCCCUGCGCGGCGCCUGCUGCUACAGGACGUACCGGACAAACAUCGAAGACGUGGUCAGGAGCACACAGGAGCUGGAGAUCAAAUGUCAGGUCAGAGAGUUGCACAUGGUGGAGUGUAAAUCCUUGCACAGACAGCCCAGUGGGGACGACUCGGAGACGGAGGUGAUCAGUUUCAACCCGGGUCUCACCUGUGCCGAGGCCGCCUGCCAGACCGUCGGGACCUGUGUGGUCGGUCAGCGAGUCUACCAGGAGGGGGAAACCUUCACGCUGGGAUGCCAGGAUUGUUCUUGUCAGGCUAUGGGACAAGUGAAGUGCAGUUCCUUGUUGUUUUCAGGUUUUUAUCAGGUUAUAAGACUUCAUUUUUGUAUUUUAACACACAGGUGUGAGAAGCAGUCUGUGCGCCGAGAGAUCCGUGACAUGACGAGAGAAGAACUUCUCCGCUUCCAGAACGCCGUUGCUCGACUGCGGCAGAGUGAGGACAGGACGUGGGAGCAGUUCCGAGACAUGUACAUGUACCACGUCAUGCACGCCUCUGGCGGGACGUUCUUCCUGCCCUGGCACAGGAUGUUCCUGCGUCAGGUUGAGCAGAGACUUCAGGAAAUUGACUGCAACGUAGUUCUCCCUUACUUUGAUUUCACAACUGACAUUGGCUUCUUCGAGGAAGCAAUUAUCUGGCAGCCAAACUACUUUGGAAGCAACGGUGACGGUGGUUGUGUGGAAGAUCACCCGUUUGGGCCAAAGAAUUCCUGGAGCCCGUGCUUUGUUAGGAACUUUAACACUAGCAUUCGCAUUCCAAACAAGGUGGAGCUGCUGAUUGCUCUCGCGAGUGAUGACUACAAUGACAUGAGCCUGUGCCUGGAGACGUACAUAGCCUACCUACAUAACUUCAUCGGAGGAGACAUGGUGACCUCCUCCAGCCCAUACGACCCCGUGUUUUUCGCUCUCCACGCGUACGUUGACAUGCUGUACUGGACGUGGCAGCAAAGGGGAGAAAACAAGUUCAAGUUUCCUGCAGCUUUUGGGAACAUUCCGAUGAUUCCGUUCAACAUUCCACCGUGGGCUGUGUUUGAUUCCGAAGCAGAUCUUUGUGUGACAUACGCCCUUCCCUCUAAAGGACAUCCGUGUAACACGACAAAGAUUGCUCCAAAACGACCAAAGCCUGGCAUCAGGAGAGGGGACACUGAUCCUAAUGAGGUCUAUGGUCUGGAUGGAUAUGAUCCAUUUGGAUAUUCUGAAGAUGGUUAUGAUCGCAAAGGCAUGGAUCCGUAUGGAUUUGGAAGAAAUGGAUUCAGUCGGGAUGGUUAUAACAGCCAAGGUUACGACAUUGGAGGCUUCAACAGAUAUGGUUUCAACGCAGAGGGCUACGAUCGUUACGGCUUCAAUGUUGCUGGUGUGGAUGCUCAAGGAAACAGAGACACGACCGGGAGGUUUGACUUUGAAGGAUACGACAUCGACUGCUUCAACAGAGAAGGUGAGUCACUUUCUUCUGUGCCUUGCCACGCCUUCUUCUCCUCUCACCAGCCUGUAUUUUCCACUAGUGUCUCUGCAAGAUUCAGGCUCACAAGACAAGGCCUGGAUCAGUACGGCUUCUACAAAACUGGUGUAGACAAGGAUGGCUGCAGCUUCUAUUUCCAAGGACCGUUUUCUCCAAUACACUCGUAUCGUCUACAUUCUGUACUUGUUCGGCAACCAAAGAGCUUUCUGAUGUCACUGGCUCGAACAUGCACUGGUUUGUCUCCCUUGCCAGGCAACUGGCUGGACCUGAACUGGGUGUCCACAACGAAGGAUGUCACUGCUAUGGUACCUGUGAAGCUUCCAGACAUGCAGACGGGAGUAUCUAGCCGCUUCUGCUUUAACACCCGAAUGUUCCUGACGUCUUGCGAGUGUGACGCUGACCUUGCGGUGUGCGAUGAGAACCCGUGCGCUGGUGCGGUGUGCAAGGCUUUCCCUGAGGCUGAGUGCCGCAUCAGUUUCUGCGGAGCCUGUGUGGCCAAAUGGUUCCAUGAGGGCAAGGAGGUGGACUGUGAACUGGACAGAGACCACUGCGCCCCCAACCCGUGCCAGAACGGCGGUACGUGCCAACCAUCAAUCUGGCCCCACGAGCCCCACCUGAUCACCUGCCAGUGUCCACCUGGGUUCGAAGGUCCUCUGUGUCAGUACACAGCUCUAGAUCCUUGUAGUCUGCCUCUCAGCACAGGUUCUUGCUCAAGCAGAGAGUCGAGAUGGUACUUUAACCAGCUCAGCGGACGAUGUCAGAAGUUCACAUAUCUUGGUUGCCAUGGCAAUGCAAAUAACUUUGCCUCCAUUUUUGAGUGCCAAGAGAGAUGCAUCAAAGGAUCAUGCUGUACCCGCACCCCAAAAAUUCGUAGUCAGAACAUUGGAUUUGACAGUCAAGGAUAUGAUAAGUAUGGAUUCAAUCAAGAGGGACUGAACAGAUUUGGGGACAGGAGAAAUGUUGACAACAGCUUCCCACUCAGUACCCGUCGCUUUGACGAGUCCGGUCUGGACUGGCAAGGUUAUAACAGAGAGGGCUAUGGUGAAGAUGGCUUGAGCAGAGCUGGCUUUGACAAGUACGGCUUUGAUGUGGACGGCUUCAACAUCAGUGGGUACAGCCGUAGUGGAGAGUUUGACGGGAUCAUUGACUAUGAUGAAGAAGGAUAUGAUCCUGAGGGAUUUAACAGGAUAGGUCUGUCUUGUCAUGGGAAUGACAGAAUGGGACUGGACCUGUACGGAGUGUCGGGCGCCUACUCUUACAGCUGUGACAUCACCACUCUGUCUCGGUGUCAGGAGAGAGCCAGAGAAGGGGAAGAGGUCGUCAAGUUUACCCUGGGGAAGACGUGCCAAGAAUCUGGCUGUGGUGAGCCGUGUGGCUGUCGCCAUGGCAAUAAGACCUUCUCCAUAUAUGAGCAGUUCCAGCUCGGCUGCCAGACGUGUUCAUGUACAGAGAAGGGCGUCAUCCUGUGUGUCUGCGACUUUGCUGUAAAGAGGAAAGAAAUCAGGGAAAUGUCCCGUGAUGAACUGGACAGAUACCAGUCCGCUGUGAGACGACUGACUCAAAACACGGGAUAUCCCUCUCAGUGGUUUGAGUUUGCCUCAGUUUACGCCUCGUACAAACCACAGGCAGCUGGCAGUCCCCUCUUCCUUCCAUGGAACAGGCAGUUCUUGAGAAACAUGGAACAAGCCAUUCAGAACAUUGACUGCGGUGUGGCGAUCCCGUACUAUGAUUGGACAGUGGAUGCAGGAAAACCCCACCAGUCUUCCAUCUGGGCAGCAAAUGUGAUGGGAGGGAACGGAGGGGAGCAGGACUGUGUGAGAUACCACCCGUUCAAGUCCUACCACCCACCGUACUUGAGUCCCUGCCUGCGGAGGAGAUUCAACACUUCUGUCAGCCUGCCCUCCGUCGUGAAUGUGGAACUGGCUUUGAGGGAACCGUCCUACGAUCGCUUCAGGCUGCAGGUGGAAAUAUUUGCUCGGGUGUACCAGAGUUUUGUUGGGGGUCACAUGGCCUCAGAUUUUGCACCUUACGACCCGUUGUUCUACUCCCUGAUGGCCACGGUCGACAAGCUGUGGACUGAUUGGCAGGAUAGACACAAAGAGGGAAUGUUGUCUUUCCCACUUGAUUAUCGAUACGUCAGGCUCGACCCUUUUAAGACAACUCCUGAUGAUGUGUUUGACUCCCGUAUUCAGCUCUGUGUGGAUUAUUUCCCCCUUACAGAGGGUGUACCGUGCAAUAUUACAGAGGUUCGGACAUAUGGAUACAACUCUCAAGGAUAUGACCGUCAUGGCUUUAACAGAGAAGGUUAUGACAGAGAUGGAUAUAACAUUCGCGGAUAUGAUGUUUCAGGGAAUUUGGAUGACCGGAACAUCUAUAACAUUGAUGGCUAUGACAGAGAAGGAUUCAAUCGCAGUGGGUUUGAUGAUUCAGGUAUAGACAGAUUUGGAUUUUUCACAGAUACCUACAACUUGGAUGAGUUUGAUCCCCUAGGUUUUGAUCGAUCUGGGUACAAUCGCUAUGGAUAUAACCAACAGGGCUUCACACCAUACGGCCUUCAUGCUAACGGAUCUUAUUUACCAAACAUCAAUAUUGAAGAUUUGAACAUCUUUGACCCCUAUGGUUACAACAAAUAUGGAUAUGACAAACAAGGGUUUGAUCGAAAUGGAUUUGAUGUUUUUGGAUUCGACCGGAGAGGGUUUGACAAUCGUAUUUGCAACUACUAUUAUAUAGGUCCUAUUCAUAUACUGGUUAAACGGUAUAUUGCAAAGACCAUCAAAGACAUGAAUGUCACAAUUCUCACCAAAGUGAAACGAGUAUGCCCAGAGUUGUCCUCCCUUCCCGUGCAAACGCGAAGACAGCAGUGGUUGAACCGAGGCGGGCAGAGAUCUCAGAUUGACGACGUUCACCGGUACCAAGUUGAAGGUCAUACUGUGGACACCAUGUUUAUGCCGCGGGAGACCAGUGUCACCACAGAUCUUGUCUGGCUUCCCAUUGCCCCUGAUGAAAGGUUGUGUCUGGUCACCGAGGUGUACACAAACUGCCAGCUUGGACAGCCACAAGUGAUGUGCCCUGGCGAUCUAUGCGGAGGCCGAGCCACCCAAAUGCGGUGUGCAGAGUCAACAACUGCGGCUCCUGUGGGCGAGAGUGGUAUGAUGGAGACAGUGGAAGACGAUUGCAAUGUUCUGGUUGUUUGGAUGAGAGCCAACAGGAGAGACAUGAAGGAGAGAGAUGGUCACGUGCACCAUGCCAGACGUGUUCCUGUGAGGAUGGAGAGACUCGCUGCGGAGCUGUGGAAUGGCCUCGCGCUGCCUGUCGUUAUCCCCGGGAUGCUGCAGGACCAGUGCUGUCCCUCCUGUGAUGGUUGUGACUACAAAGGACAAGUCGUCCUGUCAGGAAGUGAUUUCCGCAUCCCUGGCGAUCUUUGUUCCAGAUGUCGCUGUGAGAAUGGCAAUGUGGCGUGCUCAAAAGUGGAAUGUCCUGACCUCGGGGAAUGCAGCUCCGUCAGCCAGACAGACGGUCAGUGCUGUCCAGGGGUUGUGACUACAAAGGACAAGUCGUCCUGUCAGGAAGUGAUUUCCGCAUCCCUGGCGAUCUUUGUUCCAGAUGUCGCUGUGAGAAUGGCAAUGUGGCGUGCUCAAAAGUGGAAUGUCCUGACCUCGGGGAAUGCAGCUCCGUCAGCCAGACAGACGGUCAGUGCUGUCCAGUCUGUCAGGACUGCGGGUCCCGCCAACACGGUUCUCGAUGGAAGCCGAGCGAAUGUCAGGACUGUGUUUGCCAGGGAGGCAAAGUUGAGUGCAGCACUACGGUGUGUGAAGUACCGACCUGUGACCAUCCGUACACGCCACCAGGGGAGUGCUGUGCACAGUGCUCGUGUGAGUUCGUGUUUGUACCAGGGAAAAGUGUACAGAGAAGGGGCCGAGUUUUCCCCUGAGCCCUGCUCCUCAUGCGUCUGUGAGCGCGGCAAUGCCGUCUGUAGCGUCGUGGAUUGUGCGGAGGUCACAUGUUCCAAUCCUGUCACUCCGAUUGGUCAGUGCUGUCCAGCUUGUGGAUUAGACUGUGAGUACGAUGGUCGCAAGUACCGUGACAAGAGCGUGUUCAACCCGGUGUACAAUCCGUGCCUCAACUGCACGUGUUCCAACUCCAUCGUGCGCUGCCGUACCGUCCACUGCUCUCAGAGUGACGUCCCUUGCUCAUCACCCGUGCGGAAGCCGGGCGAAUGCUGCCCUACUCUUUGUCCAACCUGUGAAGACCAGGGCGUCGACUACCUGGAGGGUGACACCUGGCCGUCUCACAACUCGGCCUGUGACAUCUGCCAGUGCCGCUCGGGCAAGGUCGUAUGCGAGCCCGGCGCUGACUGUCCUAGGCGGUGCUCACAUGGAGUUGUCCGCCCGGGGGACUGCUGCUCUCUGUGCACAGAUUGCCUGUUUGAGGGCCGGGUUGUCCCAGAGGGAGAGACGCUGACUGUGGCCGGAGAGACGUGCCGUCAGUGUUCCUGUCGUGACGGAAGUAUGAGCUGCCGAUCUGUCAGUGUCGCCAGAGAAUGUCCCAGACUGCGCUGUGAACGGACGGAGACAUUACCAGGAAACUGUUGUCCAGUUUGUAAAGGCUGCACUUACAAGGAUGAGAAAUUCAGACAUGGUGACCUUGUCUCCCAAGACCAGUGCUCUAGAUGUUUGUGUGAUCAAGGAGAAGUACUGUGUGACAGCCAAGAGGACCGCUGCCCGACUCCUAAAUGCAGCAACCCUCGGUUCAGGGAGGGGCUCUGCUGUCCCGUGUGCGACGAUUGUGUCCACUAUGGACAGGAGUAUCGCGACGGGGACAGGUUCACAUCCCUGCAGGACCCCUGUCAAAAAUGUGUUUGUCAGUCAGGACAAGUGAGCUGCAACUCUAUACCAGAAGAAUGUCCGCCUGUCACGUGCACUCACCCGGCUCGCCAGCGGGACCAGUGCUGUUCCACGUGUGACGCCUGUUUGUACCAGCGCAGAGUCAUGCGCAACGGACAGCGCUUCGCGGGGUCAGAUCUGUGCCAGAUAUGUACCUGUAAGAGAGGCUCCGUGACUUGCAGCAGGAAAGAGUGUCCACUGGUCCGGUGUUCGAAUCCCACUAUGCCCCCAGGCCAAUGCUGCCCUGUGUGUGACAAUAAGUGCACAUUUGAGGGGAGAGAGUACAGAGAAGGCCAGUCAUUCCCAAGGCCGGGCGCUGAUUGCUCCGUUUGUGUAUGCAAGGAUGGUCAGAUCAGCUGUGAGCGGCCCGAGUGUGAGCGACUGACCUGCACUCACCCGGCUCAGCUCCCAGGAGAAUGUUGCCCCAAGUGCAAUUUCUGCUUGUACCAGAACAGAAUAUUCCGGAACCAGCAAGGAUUUGUUCACCCUAGAGACGUGUGCCAGCAGUGUAUCUGUGCGUUUGGCACAGUGACUUGCACCAGAACCAUAUGUGAGGAUCUGAACUGCCGCAACCCAAUGCCUAUGGCAGGCUCCUGUUGCCCUGUGUGCCCUAAGCAGUGCUCCGUUGGUGGACUCAGCUACGACGACGGCGUGACCUUUGUGAACCCUGCAGCCAAGUGUGAGGACUGCCUGUGUCGACAGGGUUCUGUUCACUGCAAACGGAGAAUGUGCCCUCAAGUGACGUGUGCCAAUCCUGCACAAGAUGGCUGCUGUCCUGUCUGCUCAGACUGCAGUUAUCUAGGCUUGAUACUCCAGAACGGUGAGUCGGCUCCCGAUCCUCAAGACCCGUGCCAGAGCUGCUCGUGCUCACAGGGGUCGGUGCGGUGCCGAAGUGUGACCUGCCCGCCGGUCACUUGCUCCAACCCCGUUAUGGUGGGCUGCUGCCCGUCGUGUACUGAGUGUGAGUACAGAGGACGGAGAUACGAGAACGGAGCGGUCAUUGCUGCAGCAGAUGCCAGGAUGGGAAUAUGGAGUGUCAGAGUAACCCAUGCCCUGCCGUGAGCUGCCGCCACCCAUCGCGCGGGCAGUGCUGUGACGAGUGUGUGGACUGUCUCUACCAAGGCCUGCGCUAUCGCAGCGGUCAGAGAUUCCAAGACCCGAGCGGUAGCAGCUGCCAGGAGUGUGUUUGCUCUAAAGGUGAUGUGGUCUGCUCUCCCAUGUCGUGCCCUCCUGCGCUGUGCUCUCACCCAGUACAAGGUCGAUGCUGCAAGGAAUGCAACAACUGUUUCUUCGACGGCCGUACGGUCAGAGAGGGUGCCUAUGCACCCAGCCCGAGCAAUCCCUGCGAGGAGUGUGUGUGUCGUCAGGGCAGCAUGUCGUGUCGUCGCAAAGUGUGUCAGUCAGGUGGGCAGUGUCGCCACCCGGUGGAGAGGGGCUGCUGCAAGGAGUGUACUGACUGCUUGUACCAGGGAAGAGAGUACAGGAACGGGCAAGAUUUCUCUGACCCAGCCACACCCUGUGUGACUUGCAGAUGCGCCUACGGUGAAGUGACGUGUGAGCGGAGAACCUGCCCAACUGUCAGCUGUUCCCACCCAGUACAGCGAGGAUGCUGUAAGGAAUGCGGUAAUGGCUGCUUUUACAACAGUCGUACGUACUCCUCCAACCAACGCUUCCCGCAUCCGACAGACAGGUGCAAGGAAUGUGUGUGCAGUGGUGGAAACGUUCGCUGCUCUGCUGUUGACUGCUCCGGGGCGGGUUUGUGUUCGCAUCCCAUGUCUGUGCCUGGAGAAUGUUGCCCUGUGUGUGGCAGAGGCUGCUUGUACGAGGGUCAGGUGAUCCCCAACGGAGAAAGAUUUGACAGGAAUUGUCAGGACUGUACGUGCCGGGGAGGAAAUAUCCGCUGCACCCCGCGGCAGUGCCCAGAGGUCAGCUGCAGUAACCCGGUGGUGGACGGGUGUUGUCAGACCUGUGACAACUGUCUGCUGGAUGGUGUUCGCUACCGCAAUGGUCAGACGUUCCCUGAUGCUAGGCGACCCUGUAACGAGUGCUACUGCAGGGACGGUUCUGUGUCCUGUGAGAAGAAGGCGUGUCCUCUUGCCCGAUGCACUCACCCUGCCACGGGCGAGUGCUGCCCAGAGUGUCUGGACUGCGACUACGAUGGACGUUCGUAUCGGAAUGGCCAGAGGUUCACGAACCAGACAGACUUCUGCUCACAAUGUGUGUGUGAGUACGGUUCUGUGUCGUGCAUCAAGCAGCGAUGCAGCCCUGCCUCCUGCAGUCAUCCAAUCACGGACCAGUGUGGAUGCCCAGCUUGUAGCGCAUGCACGUAUCAGGGCAAGAAAGUUGCGGAAGGAGAGAGAUUUGCCAGUGCGGAGAACGAAUGCCAGGAAUGUCUUUGCAGGGGUGGCACGGUGUCAUGUAGCAACAAGCCGUGUACGGAGACGUGCACUCACCCCGCGUCGGUCCGGGAGUGUUGUCCGCUCUGUGAGGGCUGCCUGUACGAGGGUCGGGUCAUCGGCAACGGUCAAAGUUUUGUAUCUGAUGUGGACCCUUGCCAGAAAUGUAGAUGUUUGCGUGGCUCUGUGGUGUGCGAGUCACUGAUCUGUCCUGACGUGCCGUGCCUGAACCCCGUGACUGUGAGCGGAGAAUGCUGUCCUACUUGUGCACUGUGUCAGUUUCAGGGACAAAGGUACACAGACAACCAGCGCUUUGAACAUCCCAACGAUGAUUGCCAGACGUGUACCUGCAAGAUGGGCAGAGUGGAGUGUGAAGAAGUCAAAUGUGUGGUGACGUGCACUCACCCGCGGCAAGAUAAUAUGUGCUGCCCUCCCUGCGACGACUGUCUCUUUGAAGGCGAUGUGUAUCUGAACGGAGUCGGGUUCAGACCAGAUCCUUGCCACUCAUGCACAUGCCAGAACGGAAACGUACGAUGCGAGGAGCAAGUGUGUCCUCGCCUGCCAUGUGCUCAGGUCAAGAGAGUUGAGGGGCUUUGCUGUGAGGUCUGUCAAGGCUGUACAUUCCGAGGUAUCCUGUAUGACGACAACGCCAGCUGGCUAAUGCAGGACAACCCGUGCAUCACCUGCACCUGUAACGCUGGCCUGGUCACCUGUAUGGAGACGGAGUGCUUUGUACCGUGCUCUAACCCGGUCACUGUGCCUGGCCAGUGCUGCCCGGUGUGCCCCACAUGCAACUACGAUGGCCGUCUGUACGGGGAUGGGGAUGAGUUCACGCCCAACGGCGACCCGUGUGACUCGUGUUUCUGCGAGGACGGCCACCUGCGCUGCCUGCACAACACCUGUCCCAGUGUGGCCAACUGCCCAGCGGGCAGUCUGAGGGAUCCAGUGCCCGGCUCGUGUUGUCCCACCUGUGACGAGAGCUUUUCUACAGGAUGUACCAUUGAAGACUUGGGGAAAAUUACUAGACCAAGACCAAAUGAUCCCUGUUUCUUCUGUGAAUGCAAGGAGGACUUUAUGUGGGUGUGUAUGAAGGAGCAGUGCAAAGCCUUGACAUGUCCACCAGACGUCCAGGAGUAUAUUGCUGGCCAGUGCUGCCCCUCGUGUCCUGCAUGCUAUGACCUAUCGGAGGCCAAGUACUACAGAGAAGGGUCAGAGUGGACGGCUGUUGAGGACCCGUGCAUCGCCUGUGUCUGUAAGAACGCUGAGAUCAAGUGCAGCAUCCAGUCGUGCGAGCCGAUCAGCUGUGCCAGCACAGAGAGAGUUGUGAUCCCCGAGGGUCAAUGUUGUGAGAUGUGUCAGCCUGUGCCGGACGCCACCUGUCUCUACCAGGCCAGGACAUACCAGCCAGGAGAGGAGUGGACAGUGGAUGAGUGCACCAACUGCCGGUGCUUGGGCGGGCGUGUCACGUGUAACGUCAAGCGUUGUCCGACUGUCGACUGUGCCAAGGACGAGGCUCCUGUCACCACUCCGGGCCAGUGCUGUCCUGUUUGUCAGAAACGACCAGGUACAUGCCUUGUGUUCGGCGACCCCCACUACAGAACAUUUGAUGGAGCCACACUUCAUUUCCAGGGCACUUGUAGAUAUCUCAUGGCUGCAGACUGUGAAAACGAUGUCUUCAGAGUGGAGGUCCAGCAUGACAACCGUGGUGCCCCGGGCGAGGUUUCCUGGGCCCAGAACUUGACGGUCACUGUGGCCGGAGCUGUGGUGGACUUGUUACAGGGCCGCGAUGUGUUGGUGAACGGACGUCGUGUGGAUCUGCCGUACCUGUAUGAACCUCACCUUCUGAUCGAAGAGUCUAGCAGGACGUUGCUGUUGUCUACAGAGAUUGGCGUACAGGUCGUGUGGGAUGGGUCCAGCUACGGGGAGCUCACUGUGCCAGGUUCCUUCAAGAGGAAACUUUGUGGAUUGUGUGGGAAUUUCAAUGGCUUCCCACAAGACGAUUUGAGAACAAAGUCGGGACAGAUCACAAACUCACCAGCAACAUUUGGGAACAGCUGGAAGACCAAAGAGCAGUCUGGUGGCGCCUGUGUCGAUGCCAAAGACAUUAACCCUUGUGUGGCGGCUGGGUACAGGAUUCGGAAGCAGGCCACCACUAGAUGCGCAAUUUUAAAGGGUGCACCAUUCACAAGGUGCCAUCGAGUCAUCUCUCCAGAGCCAUUCUUCUCCUCCUGCGUCUACGACUUGUGCGUCUGCAUGGACGACCCCAACUGUCUGUGUGACAUCAUUGCCACCUAUGCUCACGAAUGUGCCCGUGCUGGGGUCAAGGUUGAGUGGAGGUCACAAAACUUGUGCGCCUUUGAAUGUGACAGCAGUAAAGGUCUAGUCUUCGACGAGUGUGGCCCGGUGUGCCCCAGGACGUGUGAGCAGGCUCAGGCCGCCGGUCAGCUCAACGUGACAGAGACGUGCUUCAAGCCGUGCGUGGCCAGCUGUCAGUGUACGGCAGACAAAGUCUUCCACAACGGCCGCUGCAUCGCUCCGGCUGACUGCCCUUAUAUUGAAACCGUUCCCUCCACAUAGUCUCUGAUCUGUCAGGAUUUUUUAACAUGUGUAUUGUUGCUGUCAUGGUUCUUUAUGUAUUGUUUUUUAAAUCUUUUUUGGAAUAGAUAAUUUCCAUUUCACUUUAUAGGAUAUUAGGUGAAUGUUCCUUUUCAUGACAGAUGUGGAACAAUGAAGUAAAUAAAUAGCACAUACAUUGGAAUUGUUCCCUCCUCAUAGCUGAUGAUCUAUCAUGAUUUUAGGUGUACUUCUUUUGGGAAAAGAUUUCCUUCGACUUUUGAGAAUAAUUGGGUUACUGUUCUUUUUUGUAACAGAUGUGGGAUAAUGAAGUAAAAAAAACCAUGUGUUAACUUCAUAGAAAAUUAAAAUGAUUGUGUGUAUUAUUGAAAAAGUCACUUUACUUUCAUCAGAUCUCUACGAACUCAAACUCAAAAGAAAAAUAUUACUCUUUGUGGAUUUUCUGAUUGUUUUUUAAGUCAUUGCUUUUGUGAAAUAAAAAUUAAUAAGUUCUAAAACUAACAUACUCUACUUUCGUUACUGUGAAUCAAUUUACAUGUAUUGCCCAUGAGCCAAGAAUUAUGGGAUAUCCCUCAUAAUAAUAAUAUUAAUAAGAUUCUUUAAAACUUUAUUUUAAUUUGUGUAUGAGAAAGUUCUUUUUUUUUUUGUCUUUAUAUGUGUGCAAUUUGUGACUUAUUUUUUAUGUAAAUUUCUAACUACAGAAGGAGCUGAAACUGAGAAGAACUUUGAAGCAUGAAAGAUCUUAUGUCAUGUAUUUUGACCUUGAUGUGUAAAUGCGGAAUUGAAAUGUUUGUUUUGAUAUUGUAUCUGACAAGGAAAAAAGCCUCAAGCAUUUUGUAGUGGGAGGUAUUUACUGACAAAUUGAUCAUUCGCUUUUACUAAAUUAUUUACUAAUUCAUUAUCCAUACCAUAUUUACUGUAUUAGAAUUGGUUCAGUGACAUGAUGACACAAUAUUGAGGCAAAUAUACAGUAGAAGGAUUUUGUUAAAAUUUUCAAAUAUUGGUAGAAAAUAUGAGGGGGUGAGAUGCAAAACCCGUUAAAUGACAUUUUGGAAAAUAUCAGAUGCACAAAGAGUUUUGGGCCAAAACCCAACACACGCUUCAUAAAAGCAACCGAAAAAUCUUCAUUUUACGCAUGUUCAUGCAUAAAGCAGUAUUUUAAAAAGUUGAUGCUAAAAUGGAAGUAACAGGUUUUGCAUCUCAACCCCUCAUAUCCUGCCUAAUGUCAAUACCAGUAGCCUAAUGUCGGAAUAAUACAUGACUGUUGACGAAACAUUUCUGCAUACUUCACUUCUUCUUCAAAGGAUUCUAUCCUAAUUUGUUCUCAAACUCCACCAUACAAUCAUACCUACUCAUGCAGAGGUUUGUUUGUUUAGUGAACAAAAGCUCUCAUAAAAGAGAAUGCUUUGGAGAGCAUGUUUUUGUUUGAUUUUUUAUUUUAUUUUUGAGCUGUGAGAAUGUGAGAAGCAGAGUAACGAUAACAAAGAUAAAACUUUUUAGAUAAAUUAUAUGAGUUUCUCACCUUUUACUAGACUCCACAUUUUGCUUCUUCGCAAGGGGCCAGCACUGUUUCAAGAUGGAACGUGCAGUUUCGAAAGAAUUUCGGUUUUUUGAGGGUUUAUCAAUUGUACUUUAAUGGUCAAUAUUUUAAAAAAGGGUAAUUUUUAUCAAUUUUAAUGUCGUUUGAGAAAGCUCAGCCUAAAUUCACCUAAAAACUUAGGAGUCAAUGUUUUAUAUCGCAGUGUUCUUUCAUGAUAUUUGAUUAUGUUGUUGAUGUCCUCUGUGAGAAUGUUGGAUCAAGUCUGUGAGUGAUUUAUUUUAUAGUGUUGUUAUAGAACUGAGCUGUUGUGUAUACCGAUGUGUUCCUGAAUCAUCCUGUACAGAAGCGUCAAUGUGCCUUAAUGGGAUCAAUUAUUUUUUUAAACUUUAACCUUAGACCUUUAGCGAAAAGGUUUUCUCCAUUCAGAUCCCAUUUAAAGAAUUAUUAAUGCAAGCCCGUAGUGUAUCCAGUAUUAAGUUCUAGUCUUCGAUGUACCUAUGUAUUUAUACAAUGUGAAUCUGUUGGUAGAUUUUUGACAAGUGUUUACGUAUGUUACACACAUACUGUUUAAAAG